AUGAAUAACACAACCGGCUCGGCAGUGGUAGGAGCUGGCAGCCGGGAGCAGUUGCCGGCACACCGAGCUCUAACGGGCUGCGUCCUGGCGCUGCUUAUCAUUUGGACGCUUUUGGGAAACUUCACGGUGUGCGCAGCCGUUUAUCGCUACCGGCACCUGCGCGCCAAAGUGACCAACAUUUUCAUCGUGUCCCUGGCUCUGUCAGACCUCCUGGUGGCCGUGCUGGUGAUGCCGUGGAAAGCUGUGGCUGAGGUGGCCGGUUUCUGGCCGUUUGGAGGGUUCUGUAAGACCUGGCUGGCCUGCGACAUCAUGUGCUCCACGGCCUCCAUCCUCAACCUGUGUGUCAUUAGCGUGGACAGAUACUGGGCCAUCUCCAGCCCUUUCCGCUACGAGAGGAGUAUGGACAAGAAAGUGGCCUCGGUUGUGAUCGGCGUGACCUGGACGGUGUCCGUGGUCAUCUCCUUCGUUCCCGUGCAGCUGAACUGGCACAGGGCGGAGAUCGGUGACCCGGCUGGGGAGGAUUUGGCGCUCCACGGUGAGGGCGCUGAUGGGAGCUGCGACUCCAGCCUGAGUCGCACGUACGCCAUCUCCUCCUCCCUCAUCAGCUUCUACAUCCCCGUGGCUAUCAUGAUUGUCACAUACACCCGCAUCUACCGGAUAGCCCAGAUGCAGAUCCGGAUGAUAUCCUCCCUGGAGCGCGCGGCGCAGCACGCGCAGAGUUGCCGGUCGGAUGUAGCCGAACUCUUUCCACACCUGUGCGCUCAAACCAGUGACAGCUCAUACCAGUCUCAUAUCAGUCUACAUUCGGAUUCCCAGCGCUCUGACCAGUCACACCGGGAGCUCAAAGUCUCCAUCAGAAAAGAGACAAAAGUCCUCAAAACUCUGAGCAUCAUCAUGGGCGUAUUUGUCUGCUGCUGGUUGCCGUUCUUUAUCCUGAACUGCGCUCUGCCCUUCUGUCCCGGACCAGGGGCCUCGGGGGCCCAGCCGGGCCCCUACUGCGUCAGUGAAAAAACCUUUGAUGUCUUUGUGUGGAUCGGUUGGAGCAAUUCAUCCCUCAACCCGGUCAUCUAUGCCUUUAACGCGGAUUUUAGAGACGCCUUCCUGCGCCUGUUGCGCUGCCGCGGACGAGGCUGCUGGGCCGCGGUGAGCGCAGCGGUGGAGACGGCGAUGGCGAGCAACGAGGCCGGGAACUUGAAGCAAGAGAGCCCGCUGGACGUGAAGCUGGGCGUCUCCUGCGCCAUGAACACCAGGGGGAGUGAGGACAGUGGGAACACCUCGAUGACAGUGUGUUAUCACAGAGGGACAACCUCAGAGCAGGUGAUGGACACUGAGGAAAGUAACGACAAAGACAGACUGACACAGAUACCGAUAUAAGAGCUGUUUUCUAGGGGCUAUUGUCUGUGGGCUUUUUAUUAAUUCAUUUUUGUACAAGUUUACUCAACAAAGAUUUUGUGGGUUGAAAUGUGCAUCAGAAAAUUUAUUGGGGGUUUGAAAAAUUCAGUGUGAGGACCACCUCUCCUUUUCCUUAGCAGGAUGAAGGACAGAUGAGAUCUUGGUCAAUAAAGUGAGGCCCUACAGCAAGAGUAAGAUAGGAGUGUAGUGGAGCAGGGUUUACAAUUAUUUUUCUGCAGCCUAAGUUAAUUCAAGUGAAAAAAAAAGCUCAAAGGGAAAUUCCUUUUUAUUUUGUAUGCGUUACUUAUUUGAGUAAUUUUCUAAGAAGCAGUAAUAAACACCAAAAAGAGUAAGGAAGACACCUAUAUAUGGUCAAAGUCUUGAAAGAAGCUGGGGCAGGUGCAAUCAUCUCUCUCUCAUCUAAAAUUUUCACUCUCUCAGUGUUAGAAUAGCAUAGAUGUUGUACUUGGGUGAUAAAAAAACUUUAAAUUCACAUUACUGAUGUAAUUUCAGGAAAAUUCUGUGAUGAAACUCAACAGCAAGCAAGUGAAAUGAUCUCACCCACUUCACUUGAAAAACACUGAAAUUUAGAUCUACCAGUGAGGAUGGGCGUUUUGCAGGAUGGCCAUUCAAGGCCAUGUAGUUGGCUUUGCUCUCUCUCCGCUCCAUCAUGGAGAGAGAGGCACCAGGGGUCACGAUUUCUCUGAAUCUCUAGAAAUGGGAUUACGUAAGUAACUCGCAUUAGCACCCAUCAGCUGUGCAUCUUGUUGAAUGCAGUGUGCACUCUGUUUC